AUGCACCAAAGAGAGCCGGGUGGACUCAUCCGUCCUCUUGCCUUUCCAGGCAAGUGGAAGUCCAUCCACUUGGAUGACCUGAUGCCCCCAGAGAACUUUAAGGCCAAUCUCGGCCACCUCUCCAAAAUGACCAUUGCCGAGAUUUUCCUGAGCAGCUCCCUGCAGCAGCAUCUCCCAGCAGGUUCUCCGGAGGAUUCUGCUGCCCUGGGGAGCCUCACCAUGUCAGGUCGUUACCCGGACGAAAAUCCGCAGUUCCUUGAUGUGGACUCAAUGAUCAAAGGGAGCAUCCAGAAGGCCGUGAUCCAGCUGGAGGACAAGAAGGACAACAGCCAGCGUGCAACGGAGAGAAUCAAGAUCCUUCACAACUUGCUUUUCCACAGUCAGAGUAGCGUUUCCAGCCACUUUAUGACCAUCCUGAAGAAGAGAAUUUGUUACCUCCUACAAGAACGAGAGAAACCGAUCCACGAGCCAAGGGGAUGGAUUUUCCGCCGGGCUCUUUCUACCAGCUUCAUCCUGGAAGACACAUCGUUCAGGCAAGCACUCUGGAUGUACCUGGAAGACAUUGUGGCGAACGUCUUUGCCCAAAUUCUCGCCGUGGUGGAUGCCAACAACAACCUGGAUCACAUCUUUCAAGGCGCUCCACUCGCGGAACUGUGGCUCCAGAUGUUCCAAGAAGCAACAGUCCUAAAAAUUAAAUACACCAGCAAGCCGGCAGAUGCUAAGAUUUCCGUGUUGUCCAUGACGGAAGACCCCAACACCUCCCUCUUCUGCCGGUUCCCAUUCAGUUGGGUUUUGAAAGCCUACCUGGACGACGUAUGGGAGAAGGUCUAUCAUAUGAAAGAUAAGCCCAAGAAGCCAACAAAGGAAGUGGUCAGGUUCUACCAAGCCUUCAUCAAGAACGUCUUGAUGCCAGACGGCAGCAAUCUAGGUGUGCUACGCUGCUACACCGACGACUUUCUCAGGAUGGCUUUUCCUCGACAAGAUCUCUCUGUCUAUGAGAUUCUCUCAAAAGUUUUCCUCGCCAACGCAGCACAACUCUGCUCUUCCGUGGGCGGAGGGAGAUGGGCUUUUCCCCAGUUUGGCUUCACGUAGAAUAUUUCUACCUCCGAGACGAUUAUCAGCUCUUCGUCGACAUAGCAAAAAGCAACGAUGCCGUCGUAGGCGAGUUGCAGGCGAUGUAUGAGAAGACGACCCCAGAAAUGUUUGUCACCCUCGAUGCUUUGAACAUUCUCCUGAAGAAAGUGCAGGCCC